AUGGAUAACUCGGCAUCCCCUGCAGCCAUCCAAAAAAGUAUCUGGGAUGGGCGCAUUCCCCUCGAGAUUGUCCUUGCUCCCGCUGAGAGCCGGAGUUAUGACAAAACGGAUGCAUAUCUUGUCUCAUACCCACGCGUCUCAUAUCUUCCCUCGUUGCUACCAAAGCUUCGAGCCUUUUUCUCGCCAUAUCUGAUCGAGCCUGGAUCUCGACACCAUUAUGGAUGGUUCGCUUUUGAAGGAGUACCCCUGAAAUGGCACUACCCAGUCGGUCUCCUGUUCGACCUAUACGCCGGAGCAGAUCCUGCCACCAAAUCCGGAUUUGGAAGCGACGUCUCCCGGGAGACUGCGGCACCUUUCCCCUGGCGGUUGACUGUUCAUUUCGGUGACUGGCCUGCCGAAGACCUCGUUCGACUUGAUGAGAAUGGCAUGGUGAUGAACGAUGCGUUCAUCAACAGCGUCAAGGAGGCGGAUUUCCUUCGGAACGGAACCGCAAAAGGCAUCAUGACCCUUUCCAAAGAGGACUCAUCUGGUCUUUGGAAGGCAGUGGAAAAUGUGGACCUUCCCUCUUUCCAACGUAUUUCCCAUAUUCUUCUUCCUCCCCCAUCACAGCCAUUCCGCAACGUCCCAAUUCGCAUCUUCUUACCGCUACCACCGGACGAAGAGUCCGGGUCACUUAAAGUAGUACAGUCACCUCUUUCCCCUUCAGUACCCAGCUCAGGUGUCCAGCCCAGCCAAUCUAUCAGCCCCCGAUCGAGCCCAGGUAUGCAGCCUCAGACCAUAGGGGGUGUUCUACAUACGCUGCUUCCAAAUCUCUUCCCCAGUCGGCGGACUCCAGUUCUUGCAAAGCCAGUUCUACAUGGUGCUGUACUUCCCAUGUCAGCUCCCAUUGAAGAGGUGGUGAGGAGCUCGGCGUAUGGCGAUGGCUGGGCUUAUGUUGUUGUGAGGAUGAUGGGAUAA